GUUUACAUUCGGUAGUCCACAUAUUGUAUAUACAUAAAUAACGGCCAAGUGUACUGCAUGCAAAAUCGACAAGUAUGCAUGUUUGAUACGCCUUGUGUCACGUUUCAAACGCGACAGAUUGGUACGUCUAUGCCAACCUCUAACGAAUAGCUAGUAUCUAUAUUCACUGGCAUAUACGCACGAAUGCAGGCUCUUAAUAUGUACGUAAAAUACACGAUAUCUCUAAGGUUAUGUUAAGGUCACGCCCAGCCCCAGACCGCAUAAAGGGCUCGCGCUCGACCACGCCGACAUCUCUAAUACCUACAAUUUCCCCUUUAGCCCUAAACAAAGUACAUGUCACACUACUGAGGCAACCGGAUAGCAUACCCCGCCAGCAAAAACGGCUGAGACAUGUGUCUGGUAUAUGUGCUCGGAGUUUGUUGCAUCCGCUGUUCAGAGAGCCUGGGGAUGUGUACUAUACACUGCACACAUAUACACAAGGCCAUGGACAUACACAAACAGACACACACACACACACAUCGCCACCUGCACGGCCGCGGAGAGUAUGCACGUGUAUAUACUCAGCAUCUAGCCAACAUCCAGACAUAGAUAGCCCCAGUGCCACACCCGUACGAGCCUCUGGCAUAGACACCUUCGAUGAUGACGAGUUCAAUCCACUACACGAUAGUAGUGAAACCAUAGAUGAAAGUAGGAUCACAGACACGGGAGUCUGCGAAGUACCCGUAUAUGUUAGUGAGAUUGUGUACCGAACUUCCAAUCCCACUUGGCGGCCGUUUGACCACACACAGCUGGCGGCUGGGGUAAAGCCAUCUCUGCGCAGGUUUGUGGUACGUGUGUGGACAUUAAAUCCAGACGCACACGAAAGUGCAUGUAACAGUGCCACACACAAGAGUGUGAGUGAGUAUAGGAGUGUAGUAGGGGACGGAGACGAUGGCGACGGGUGUCAGGAGAUCACCUGUAGUAACUUAGCUCUGAGGAAGCACAGACAUUGUGUGGUACAUAGUAAGAAACCGUACACAGGAUUUGUCAAAGAUACACGGGCGAGGCAUGAACAAGACCGAUCACACUCCCGCACACGUAACUCUACAGGGCCGUUGCUGAUAGCAGAAUGGGACCUGAAUAUGUGUGACUUGGAGGUUAUAGCGCCGUGUGUGCCGCAACAUAUGUGCCGGUCGCACGCAACGGACGUGUUCAACAACUUGAUAUUCCAGCCAAACACUCUGAUCUUCCAAUUAGACACGGACAAGACCAUACCCGGCUCACAGAAGUGUGUGGGCUACUACACCACGGUUGAUCAGUGGCCGUACAAUCUGCAACCCGCGCACGUGCUUGAGAGAGCGCCACGUACGUAUAUUACACACGAUAGUAAAGAUUGGUUCAAUGCAGAUAAGGAUAGGGAUGGUGGUACACACGAUUCGGGCCGGACUACCGCAAGCAAAGCAAUAGAUAUGCCACACGCCAACGAUAGGCGCGGCGAAGGCAGAUCCAGCGACACUGAGACUGGGGCUGCACCCUCGCCGACGGAUUCGGGUGCACGCGUGAGUGGCAACAAGGAGUUGGUAGUGGACAAUAAAACAGGUAAGCAUGGCCAGACCCGGGUGCGGGCUGGUCCCGGCACACGGACGUCAGAUAGGGGUAUGCAAUCCACGAGGAGCUUGAGUAGCGCAAGUGUUAAAGGUAAGAAGGGAACACACUCACGUGCAAGUAGUCAUACAAACUCAGGCUCUCGGGAUGGGGACCAAUUGAGUCCUAAUCUAGGGGCGAGUGGUCGGGGGAGGGUGCGCACUUGUGCGAGUUAUAGUGCAGAUAGUUUCAGCCGGGUGAGAUCGCUAUGCGACGAGAGUAGACAAUCAAGGAGGAAUGUGGCAGAUCUGGAGAGUCGUAUGCUGAGGCUGAUGCACAAGCGUGUGAGUACAAGCCCGCGCGAGGCUAGGCAUUCGCGGACAUGCAGCAAUGCACGUGCACGCUCGAAUACAGGCACACAUGCGCAUGUACACGCAGGUACAACUUCUACAACCUCACCCACACAUACACCUAUGUAUAUCGAUGCACAACAUACACACGCACACCCCAGUAGAAGCUCACAUGGGCUUACCGGUACAGGCACACAUGCAAACACAACACAUACACAUCAAGGUUCGAGCACGUGUCUGAGGCGCUUGGAGACCACGCGAAUGAACAUCGCACACCUCACACACAGUCUAGAGCUGGCUAGUGCGGGUCUACAAUCCGACAAGCACGCCAAGUAUCUGGUGGAGAAUGAGUGCAAGUUGGUUCGCAAACGCUUGCGUACGGGCCGUGAAGUGCAUAGACGCAACUGCUCUGCGCUGCAGACAUAUAUACGCGAGACUGAGGCUGUGGUUUGGGAGAACACGUGUGUAGACGCGCUUAUUGGGGUGCGACGGCAGCGGCUUGUGCGUCAGAUAUCGGAGAUCUAUCCCGUACAUAGGCUCCAAGGCGGCGUGUAUCGGAUCGCCAGUGUUGUCCUGCCCUCCAUACCCGACAUCUCAGCCGGUGGCGAUGAUGAGCGUGCUGCUACCGCGUUGGGGUUUGCUGCACACUUCUUAGUGGUGUUGGCUCGGCUGCUGGCUGUGCCGCUGAGAUAUCCCAUACACCUCAAGGGCUCGCGGUCGGCUAUACUGCAGCACACCACCCCCUUAGGGCCUCAAACGUACGUGUUCCCAUUGUAUGGGACGAAAGUCGACCGUGCGGCCUACCACAGAGGUGUGACUCUGCUGAACUGGGACUGUUAUCAGAUCAUGGCCAUAGCUGGGGUCAGUGGGUUUGAUAUGCGAGACGUGCUGAAAAACAUACAACGGCUGGUGAUUGCUGUUUCGCAUUCGAAUGUGCUCGCCGGCCUAAAUAAGCUGGAGCGCGAUGAACCGUCCAUGAUACUCUGUUGAGGGCGGUCUAUGACAAGUAUAUGAUAACACUCUAGCAUAAAGUAAAGUUGGGUCUUGUGCACC